GUGAAGGCGAAUAGCGGUGACGUUAGAUCAUGAACUGUGCUGUGUUGUCACCAGCUGUUGUCUGCAAGACGGUGGAAAAGUGGAUGUACCUCGACUGAUCGUGAGCCGACACGAGUCACACCGCAGCGCUCAGCAGCACGUUCACAGCCGGAACAUGGUGCCGGGUGACUGAUGGGAACACUGGAGCCUCGCCAGUCUCCCAGUGAGAGUCCCAGUUACAUAACUGAAGGCAUCGAUAAAGACACUAAACUGUGAUAACGGACUAGUGCCAACACAGCUCGGAGUUGAAGCCAUUUUUCUCUGCUUAUACAGCUGGGCUCAAACUCAGACCGUUUGUACGUCCUACAGUAGGUAGGAGUGCUCUGAAGUGGCCCCGCCGCCAUCAUGAACGUGGGCACGGCGCACAGCGAGGUUAACCCCAACACCCGAGUGAUGAACAGCCGAGGAAUGUGGCUGUCUUACAUCCUGGGAAUCGGCCUCCUGCACGUCAUCCUGCUCAGCAUUCCCUUUGCCAGCGUGCCCGUGGUCUGGACCCUCACCAACCUCAUUCACAAUCUGUGCAUGUAUCUACUACUUCACACGGUCAAAGGGACGCCGUUUGAGACCCCAGAUCAGGGCAAGGCUCGCCUCCUAACACACUGGGAGCAGAUGGACUACGGUGUGCAGUUCACUGCUUCACGCAAAUUCCUCACCAUCACACCUAUUGUCCUGUAUAUACUAACCAGCUUCUACACCAAAUACGAUCGGGCCCAUUUUGUGGUCAACACUGUUUCCUUGCUCACUGUACUCAUCCCCAAGCUGCCACAGCUGCACGGCGUGAGGAUCUUUGGGAUUAAUAAGUACUGACAAGGCGGAAGAGGACACCUCCUUCCCGAAGUCCCCGCGGACUGCUGAGAGCACACAGAGUAUCAGGCCUCUGAUUUGGCUGCAGAUCCAACGAGGAUCCAUGGCUCCCUGGCUCCUGACUCUGCUGAGCGGCACUCUAAAUGAAGCCUCCUGGGGAAACUGCCAUGGUACCAAACCCCAGGAAAGUGACACAAUACACUUUAAAAAGAGCACAAAGGGAAUAUGUGUGUUGUGACUGUUAGUGGCCGAGACUCUUUAGAUUAAAAAGGGAGUAUUAUGAUUAUGUUCAUUUCUGUAGAAAUGACAGUUUUCUGACGUGACAGGUGUCAGGAGGAGAGGACAAUGUAGUUGCACAAUAUUAUGUGCCAUUUUACACUCUGGCACACUGAGGCUGUAAUCAAAAGUUAUUUUGUAUGUAAUGAUACACUGCUGUAUUUAUUCAGCUGCACUUCAGCGAGAUGCUUCCUCUGUCUUGAGGUUUCUGGGCUUUGAGGAGAGUAACAAUACUUUAAUGAAACAGUGAGGGACCUGUGAACUGCUGCAGAGGCGAGACACGAGAAACCACAAGGUUUUAUAUUUAGCCCUCGCUGUUCCGCUCAGGGCCAAGAUUGGGAAGUUAAGCAACUCUUAUUUUUAUCUGACCAUUUCCAUAUUUGGACUCCUCUUGUCCUGGUUUGUGUCACAGCAAAGCCUCCUGUCUGCAGAGUUGUCAAGAGCAAGAACACUCUACUGACUUAAUAUAACCAAAAGUCCUGAAAAAGGAGUUAAGAGAUAAGUAUUAUGUCCAUACUUUAUCCAUAGUUACAUUAUAGGGUCUCAUGCUUGUCACUGAAAGUAGGCUACUUAAGACCUGUCACAUUAGAAUGAGCUUCUUAUGUCUGCAUCUCAGUUUGGAACCUGCAGGCAAAUCACAUACUUGAGUUACCAGUUUAUUAGGUACGCCUGUGCAGUCUAAUGCAGUCUAAUGUAGCCUUGCUGCAAAUUUCUGAGGUGUUUCUAAUAUUUUGUUCGCCCCCAUUUACAAACAUGAAACUGAUAAUUUCAUUAAUGAAAACUGACUCAACGUGUUUUGUCAUGACUAAGACGAGACGAUGACGAGACGGUACCAACAUCAUUAAACACUACCUAUGACUGUAUCAACAUGCAGUAUUCUUGAUGAAGAAAAACGGGACUAAAAUGUAGUUUAAAAAUCUAAAAACUUUGCUAAAACUUCGUAAUUUUUGUCAACAAAAUGAGGGGAUGAAAUAUUACAGAUAUUUUUAUUCAUUUAUUUAUUUAUUCAAUGUAGCACUUCUGUUUCCUGUGCUGCAUUCGAUAGGUCAGGACUACAUCUGCAGCACACAGUGAGCACCGUCAGGAGGACUCACAGUAAAUCAGUACCAUCAGACCACUGGACACUCUGUGCAAAGCUGAAUUCUUACACCUCCUCCUAUCAUUCAGAGGGCCAGCAAACUCUGGCGGAUGGAGCACUGAAAAGUGUUCAGAUCUGUUGUAUUAUUGUAUGGAAUUACUCAAUGCUCAGUAAUCUUACAUUUACUGUUUUAAUUGUAAAAGCCUUACCAGGGACAGGGGUUGCAAAUUAGCCAUGGCUAGAAACCUCUAUGCAUUGCAUCUACUUUGUAUUUCACAUAUGAGGCAGCGUCAUGCAUUUGUCCUUGUCAAAUAAACAAGUAAAUGAAAUACAUAAAUAUACUACAAGCGGCAGCAACAUUCAGGGAGCCUGUUGAGCCCUAAGUGAGCCCAAGCAAUGGCGUGCUGUUGCCCUAAAAAAAGGUUGAAGGUGUGCAAAUCUCGGUCAAAAUAGAGCCAGGACGAGCAUUUUUUUCCGAACAAGCGAAGCAGGUUAGGACAUCUUCACUGGGAAACACUGAAACAGUCUGAACUUCGCUCACUCGUUGGCGUUGCGUCCAGUUUGGAAGAGGUGUAAAUCAUUCAACCUGUGUUUUUCAUCAGAUAAUAAGAUAAAAUCAUGUGUGAAAUAACUUUGACUAACAUGACAGAAUUACUAGCUGUGACUGGACGAGACUGACUUAAAAUGUUUUUCUUUUCUUUGAGUAAAACUACACUAAAAUAGUUAUGGUUUUCUUUGACUAAGACAGGAGUGAAAUGCCUAGACUUUUAGUUAACUAAAACUGUACAGAGUGCUGCAGGAAUGAGUCCGAAAACCCAGAAACGAAUUAUCAUUUUAGCACCUCUGGUUCCCUCGUCUUGAAGUCAAUGGGUGUUUGGUUAGAUACCUGAGUUAAGGUCUGUGGUUAACACAAACUCAAGAGACUUUUACGUUUUGUUCUACAACAUAAAACUAUGCAAAUGAAUACCUCGCUCCUGAAUUUUUAAGCUUUAACGUGACUUAAAAAAAAGCAUUUGUUAAUAAGUGGCUCAAUGAGACUUUAGAACAUCAUCAAGACAAACACGGCUUUACAUCCAGGCUAUGGUGGCGACGUUCAGUCAUGCAUCCUUGGUGUAGUUCCUUUGUAGCCUAACAUUAGCAUUUUACUUCUGGCAGUUGCAUUAACUCCUGAAGAAUCAUAAAAGUGGUUCAUUCGUGGAGAUAAUUUUACUAACCAAAAUGUAACAUAUGAUAAAAGUUUGUUUGCCACAGAGCUUAUUUCCUGCAAUAAUCAGAAAUCCAAUAAAAAAGUCUCAUUGGAUUUUUGUCAAGGGAACCAGGGCGAUGCUAACUUCAAGGUUCGCCUACAAAAAAAAAAAACAUCCCCGCAGCACUCUAUGGAAAAAAUAUCUCAGUAAAUGAACACUAAUACGAAAGGGGCAGAAUAGUAGAAACACCUCAAAAUGAUAUCCGAUUAAAAUCCACAUCGUUUAAGAACAUCAAGUUCUCCCUCGUCAGCCUGUCAGAAUCUUCUUUAGGACUCCAGGAAACUGCAGUGAUACUGUAUUAUCUGCUGAAGGGAGCUAUGUUAGAAAGCUACUCUGUAUUACUUAGUAAGAAUGUCUAAAUGGUAAUAUGUCACUGUUAAUGUCGAAGUUAAGGGAACAUUUUUGUUUUAAGUUUUACAUAUUGCUAGUCUGAUGCAUGUACAUGAUCUUUUUUGCAGUGAAAGGUGGACGUGUCCAUGAAUCAUUUCACAACAGCAGUAAACAUGAAGUAAUAAGUAAUGAUAUUAAAUUAUAAGGAAACCACAAUGUAAGUAAUGAGUAGCCAAACUAUAUGGUCAUUAAAGAAAUGUGAUAAAAUUGUGUAGAAUACACCAUAAUAUUAGAGUUAUGUUUUAAACACUAUGCUGCAAUAAGAGACAAAAAGUAAAGUUUUUCUCUUUCACUAAAUGUUAUGAUACCAAUGUUUCCUGUAGCUUUUAGAGAAAGAUCUGAAGAUUGAAUAUCUUACUUGAACGUAAGAAAUGAAACUGUAUCCCAUAUUUUAUCGAAAUAUGUUUACGAAUAAUAGCCGGAACAGUGUUGGCCACACAGUUGACUCUCAGCAGUAGUAUUAGCAGUAGCCAUAGUAGCAUAAAUAUUAAUAUUACUGUAGUAGUGAGAAAACCAGUUCCAUGUUUUAAAGUAGACAAAGAGACAGUUUUGAUGAAAUUGUGAUUCAUGCCUUUUCACAUUAAUUACAGCUGAGCCCAGAACAGUUCCACUUUAUUUCUUUUCAGCAGGUUGAUGUGUUUAAUUGGCGUAGUUUGAAACCGAUGCGUUGAUCCAACCAAACAUGGACCAAAGAAUUGUGGGUUUGUAAAUACUAGUUGAUCUUCUGCAGCAUUCAUUUCUUCAUCAUGAUGUUUCUGAGAUAUUGUCACCAUAAAGGGCUUUACUGGUAUAAUAUUUCAUAGCACAAAGUGAUAAUACAUUUUUUUUUUCUUUUUUUUAACAGUUCUUUGAAAGAAGGUUGAAUUGAAUGUUGAUUAAAUGUGAAUCGGUGGUUUCUGUAUGUUGAUCGCUGUAGUAGUGUGCUUUAUGAAGGAAAUGUCAAUGUGAUCCUCUGUAAGAGUGCUUGACCCCAAAUACAGUAUUUUUCAAGU